UCAGUCACGUGACCAAAAGAGUUUGUGACGUCUCUGAGAAAGAUGGCUGCUCCCCUUGGGGCAACGCUUCUUCUGUAAUACUACUUACUUUUAGGCUUCUGUAGAAUAUUCCGGCAAAAACAAAACAACAUAGCCUUUAUUUAGCCGCGCAGCUUCGCGGGGAGUUACAUCAGUUGUGGCAGAGAUGAAGACAUUCUGCGGAAGAGCCAACCCGACCACUGGAGCGUUGGACUGGGUGGAGGAGAGCGAGGAGUACGACUACCACCAGGAGAUAGCCAGGUCCUGUUAUGCUGAUAUGCUGCAUGAUCAUGACAGGAAUGAGAAAUACUACCAGGGGAUCCGGGCAGCUGUUGCUAGAGUAAAGGCUCGUGGUGAGAAGGUCGUCAUCCUGGACAUUGGGACAGGAACAGGGCUACUGUCCAUGAUGGCCGUCACAGCUGGUGCGGACUUCUGCUAUGCUGUGGAGGUUUUUAAGCCCAUGGCUGAAGCAGCACAGAGCAUCGUGGAGAAGAACGGCUUCUCUGACAAGAUCAAGAUUAUUAACAAACACUCUACUGACGUCACUGUGGGGCCAGAUGGAGAUAUGCAAAUUAAGGCCAACAUCCUAAUAACAGAACUGUUUGAUACAGAACUGAUAGGUGAAGGAGCCCUACCAAGCUAUGAACAUGCUCAUCAAAAUCUGGUCCAGGAGGGCUGUGAGGCGGUUCCUCAUCGGGCCACCGUCUACGCUCAGCUGGUGGAGUCAGAACUGCUGUGGAGCUGGGCUCAGCUGCAGCCGGUGGAAGUGGAGGGGGCCCGUCUAGUCCCGCCGCCUGCUUUGGGCCGCUGUGCUGGAGCUCAUUCAGUGUGUGACAUUCAGCUGAGCCAGGUGUCUCCAAACAGCUUCACCCCACUGGGUCCGCUCUGCAACAUGUUCAGUGUGGAUUUCAGUAAGCCAGUAAGCAGUGCCUUCCAGUCCCACUCGGCCCAGUUUGUGGCUCAGUCCGGCGGUCGAGCCCAGGUGGUUUUGUCCUGGUGGGACCUUGACAUGGAUCCCAGUGGAAGCAUUGUGUGCACCAUGGCUCCCAGCUGGACAUACCCAGAGUCAAAAAUGGCUCCGUGGCGGGACCACUGGAUGCAGAGUGUAUACUUCCUGCCUGUGGAGAGCAGGCUGACAGAAGGAGAGGAGCUCAGCCUGACUGUUUGCCAUGAUGACUACAGUCUGUGGUACAGCCUGCAGUCUCACAGCCAGCAGGACUCACAGACUAAAGCUCUUCUGUCUCGGCCAUGUUGUACCUGCCAGGCUCACCUGGUUUGGACUCGGCCCCGUUUUGGUGAACUCAACGACAGACUGCGUACAGAGAGCUACGUUAGCGCACUGCGCAGUGUUCUGAGAGAAGACAGUGUGUGUCUCAGCGUCAGUGAUGGAAGUCUGCUUCCUGUGUUUGCUCACAUGCUUGGAGCAAAGAAGGUCUUUGGUUUGGAAAACUCCAGAAUGUCCAAACAGGUUAUUGAGCAGGUGUUGGAGGCUAACGCGAUGAAAGGAAGUGUUGAGCUGCUGGAAAUGAAGCCUGACCAUCUGACCAGUAACGACUUAGGAGGAGAACAGAUCUCAGUCCUGAUGGGUGAACCGUACUUCAGCACCAGCCUCCUACCCUGGCACUCCCUGUUCUUCUGGUACUGUCGGACCGCCCUGGCAGGCCUCCUGCAGCCCUGCGCCACAAUCCUGCCCUGCUCUGCCACGCUUCACAUGGUGGCUGUGGAGUUCCAGGAUUUGUGGAGGAUAAGAGCACCAAGUGGAACAUGUGAGGGUUUUGAUGUCUCACCUAUGGAUGAAAUGGUCCAGCAAUCUCUGGAUUUCCGUGAGUCCCGUGAAGCAGAGCCCCACCCUCUGUGGGAGUACCCGUGCCGUGCUCUGACCCAAUCCACAGCCGUCAUGACCUUUGACUUCACACAGUGUGUCCCUCAACAGCAAAUCAGCAGUCAGGGCUCACUGCCUUUCAUAAGGAUUGGUCAUUGCCAUGGUGUUGCGUUGUGGAUGGAAUACCACCUAACCAAUGACAUCACUGUCAGUGCAGGUCUGAAUGGACCAAUCAGUGAGCAGGGCGACUGUGAGUGGGGUCGCCACAGGAAGCAGGGAGUGUAUUUUUUCAGGUCGCCGUGUGAGAGCUCAGGUGAUGGCAGAACUGCAGUGUCUUACAGCUUCACCUUUGAACCCAGUUUAGGAGACAUUAAGAUGGACUUCAGCAUCGAGUCUCAGUGAUCUGGAAAUAUCACUGACUGAAGCAUAAACUCUUAAUGCUGUGCUUUAUACCUCAUGUCACUGUUUGCAGCUAGGCUAUUUUGGGUGCAUAUUUAACAUCUGUGGUUCAGCCAGUAUUGUGUGCUAUUUGCCUUUAUGAUAUUAAUUCAAUAUCUGAAAAAAUUGUCAUUUGACUAUUAU